GAGGAGAAGGAGGGAGGAACUUCCCAAAGUUGCAAAACAUGGCUACCUUGCCUGCUGAGCCGAACGCGGGGCCGGCUGCAGGGGGGGAGGCGGUGGCCGCGGCGGCGACCGAAGAGGAGGAGGAGGAAGCGCGCCAGCUCCUGCAGACACUGCAGGCGGCCGAGGGUGAGGCGGCGGCGGCGGCCGGGGCCGGGGCGGGCGAAGCGGCGGCGGGAGCGGAGGGCCCGGGGUCCCCGGGCGUUCCCGGGUCGCCCCUCGAGGCCGCUGCCGAGCCGCCCACGGGCCUCCGCUUCUCGCCGGAGCAGGUGGCGUGCGUCUGCGAGGCGCUGCUACAGGCGGGCCAUGCCGGCCGCUUGAGCCGCUUCCUGGGAGCACUGCCCCCGGCCGAGCGCCUACGUGGCAGCGACCCGGUGCUGCGCGCUCGGGCCUUGGUGGCCUUCCAGCGGGGCGAGUACGCCGAGCUCUACCGGCUGCUCGAGAGCCGCCCCUUCCCCGCUGCCCACCACGCCUUCCUGCAGGACCUCUACCUGCGCGCGCGCUACCACGAGGCGGAGCGGGCCCGGGGCCGCGCGCUGGGCGCAGUGGACAAGUACCGUCUGCGGAAGAAGUUCCCGCUGCCCAAGACCAUCUGGGACGGCGAGGAGACCGUCUACUGCUUCAAGGAGCGCUCCCGCGCCGCGCUCAAGGCCUGCUAUCGCGGCAACCGCUACCCCACGCCGGACGAGAAGCGCCGCCUGGCCACGCUGACCGGCCUCUCGCUCACGCAGGUCAGCAACUGGUUCAAGAACCGGCGACAGCGCGACCGGACCGGGGGCGGCGGCGGCGCGCCCUGCAAGAGCGAGUCUGAUGGGAACCCCGCUACUGAGGAUGAGUCCAGCCGCAGUCCUGAGGACCUGGAGAGGGGGGUGGCUCCAGUGGCCACGGAGGCCCCUGCCCAGGGCUCCAUAUUCCUGGCUGGGGCCGCCCCUCCUGCGCCAUGCCCUGCCUCUUCCUCCAUCCUGGUGAACGGGAGUUUCCUGGCUGCCAGCAGCUCACCAGCGGUGCUUCUCAAUGGGAGCCCUGUCAUCAUCAACAGCCUGGCCCUGGGUGAAGCCUCCAGCCUGGGCCCCCUGCUGCUCACAGGGGGUGGGGGCGCCCCCCCACCACAGCCUAGCCCCACGGGGCCCAGCGAGGGCAAGACCUCCUUGGUCCUGGACCCUCAGACCGGGGAGGUUCGACUGGAGGAAGCUCAGCCUGAGGCCCCUGACACCAAGGGGCCCCCGGUGGCUGCCUUGGGAACACCUGGAGAGGAGGUGCCAGUGCCUCUGCCCCAAGUGGUGCCUGGGCCCCCGCCGGCUGCUGCCUUUCCUCUGCCCCCAGGUCCAGUGGCUUCUGUGGCUGCCCCACAAGUGGUGCCACUUUCCCCACCCCCGGGGUACCCUGCAGGCCUGGGCCCCACCUCCCCACUAUUGAAUCUGCCCCAGGUGGUGCCCACCUCACAGGUGGUGACUCUGCCACAAGCUGUGGGGCCACUGCAGCUCUUGGCAGCUGGGCCAGGCAGCCCCGUGAAGGUGGCAGCUACAGCGGGCCCUACUAAUGUGCAUCUGAUAAACUCCGGGGUGGGCGUGACUGCCCUGCAGCUGCCUCCGGCCACUGCCCCAGGAAACUUCCUCCUGGCCAACCCUGUGUCUGGCAGUCCCAUCGUGACAGGUGUGGCCGUGCAGCAGGGCAAGAUCAUCCUCACGGCCACCUUCCCCACCAGCAUGCUGGUCUCCCAGGUCCUGCCGCCUGCCCCCAGCCUGGCCCUGCCCCUGAAGCCAGAUGCGGCCAUUUCAGUGCCCGAAGGAGCCCUCCCCGUGGCCCCCAGCCCCGCUCUCCCAGAGGCCCACGCCCUCGGCGCACUUUCUGCCCAGCAGCUGCCACAGCCACCGCCUGCCCCUGCCGCCACCAUUGCUGCCAGCCUGCCCUUCUCCCCAGACUCCUCCUGCCUCCUGGCUGGCUUCCCUGCGCCCCCACCUGAGGGCCUCAUGCUGUCACCUGCAGCCGUGCCCAUCUGGCCAUCGGGACUGGAACUGAGCACAGGCACAGAGGGGCUGCUAGAAGCAGAGAAGGGGCUGGGGACGCAGGCCCCCCACACUGUGCUGAGGCUCCCAGACCCUGACCCUGAGGGGCUGCUCCUGGGGGCCACAGCAGGGGGCGAGGUGGAGGAGGGGCUGGAAGCUGAGACCAAGGUCCUGACCCAGCUACAGUCGGUGCCUGUGGAAGAGCCCUUGGAACUGUGACCCCGCCAGUCCCCAUCGCCUCUCCUGACAACGGUGCUUGAGAUCCAGGACAGCUGGGAGGAGGGAACCUUUCAGGAACACAGUUGUUGAUCUGAAGAUUCCACAUACACUACACCCUCUCCCCGGCUGCUUAACCUCCAAGCCCUGGACGUGCGGGGCUCACCCGUCACUCCCUGUCCUAGGGCACCGUCCCCCUGGAUGGGAAGCCUCCUCUGUUACAGCCCUCUCCUUAUUCUGCCCCAUAUAUGUGGGGAGAUCUGGGGGGUCCUGACUCAGGAGCUCUGCCCCCCUUGACCUGGUACGAGCUGUGAGCUGAAAACCCUGCAAAAUGGCUGGAUUUCCAACCCCCUUGAGCCCUCUCCCUAUCACUCCCUAAAACACUAUUAAUAGCUCCACUGACCUCCAGAGUUCUCAGAACUGCUUGGAAUCAGGGUGGAGGACGGGCAGUCCUGUGCCCAGGGACUGACAGCCUCCCAGCUGGGCUCUUCCAGCUGCAACACAAUGCAGGUGUGGGGUGGCCUGGGCGAGGAUUCCCCUCCGCUCCCCUGGACUGCAGCCCUCAUUGUCACGUCCAGCCCCAGACCAAAGAUCCCCGCACCCGCGGGGCAACCUUGUCCCCCGUGUCUAGUUUGUAUCCUAAAUCUUUAUUUUUCUAGGACAUGUUAUGCCUACAUUUCAUUAAAAUAAAGUUAACAGACAACUAAAAGCUCCAGGAGUUUGGGUUACUUUCCAAACAACUUUCCCAAAGAAAAACUGAGCCAC